AGAAACGAAAGAAAACAGCUGAUUUUGACGUAUAUGUAAUCCAAAUAUUCGAAAAUUAGGAUAAUACGAUUUUAGGAUAGAUUAAUUUCUGUAAUAAAUUAGAAUGGAAAAUCAAAAGGUAUAAUUUCUGGAGAAAUAAAUCCCAUUGUUGAACCAGAUAAAAUUAUAAAUUAUUGUCAAAAUGGCAAGCGUGCUAAAAGAUUCGAAAGAAGAAAUGCCACUUGACCAAUCCGAGAAUCAAGAAGAGGGAAAUUCAAAAUGCGAAUCGCCAAAAAGGGGCACAACACUUUCAACCAGCACCAGCAGUUUCGAAGCUCUGGAUCCUCAUGAUCCGAACUUGAGUCGACUUGCAAACAAUAUGUUUCAAAAAACCAGUGAAUAUUUACAAGAGGAAUUGACCGCGAGUCAUGCCGAUUAUCGAUUGCUGGAGCGACUCAAUCAGGAAACAAUUUCCAAAUAUUCCGAACUUAAAACGAUUGCUACAAAUGUUUCUCAAUCGCUCAAUUCACUCAAUGAUAAGUACAAACAAUUGCAGCCCGUUUUGGACAAUAUCAAUCAAAUCGACGACAGUGUCAACAAAUUGGAACAGGCGGCUUAUAAGUUGGCCAAUUAUUCCAAGAGAUUGGAAAACAAAUUCAAAGAGCUUGAAAAAGAAAGCAAAAAUUAAUUUCAGCGUCGAAUGGCUACGAGCCUAAAUUGUUGUUUUAUUCAUAGGUAUAUUGUAAUUAUUUGUAAAAAGUUACGAAUUGCAUUUAUAAUUUUAGAAACUGAUAAUCACAAAAGUGUUUGUAUAUAAGCCAUUGAUUAUUGUAAACACAAAAUGAAGGAUUUUAAAAUAUAAAUAUAAUUAUCCUUCAGUGACAACU